UUUUGCAAAGACUUCACCGCCUUGGAGCUGCUCAUCCAGACGGGGAAGUGGGCAGGGAGAUAACAUCACCCCCAUUUAACAGAUGAUAAGAUUGGGCUUAGGAGAUGCAGCUCGCCCUGGCUUGAACUAAAGCAGGUCUGCUGCCUUCUGUACGAAUGACCCAGAUUCUGGGACACUUACGGCUGCAGCCGACAUGGAGUCCAGCUAUCCAGCUAUGUCCUGAGGACCGUCUGCGCCUUCCCAUCUUAUGAGGAGUGGGGAGUGGGAAGGGUCUCAGCUGCUGCUGGGGAAGCAGAGGCCAGGGGAGUCCUCCCAGCCUCCUAACAGCAGCUGGCCCCCAAGCCUGAAUGCGAGUCAUGCCAAGGCCACCCCAGCGGUAAACCUCACCUUCUCCUCCUACUACCAGCACUCCUCAGCAGUGGCAGCCAUGUUCAUCGUGGCCUAUGUGCUCAUCUUCCUCCUUUGCAUGGUGGGCAACGCGCUGGUCUGCUUCGUCGUGCUCAGGAACCGGCACAUGCGCACUGUCACCAACAUGUUCAUCCUCAACCUGGCCGUCAGCGACCUGCUGGUGGGCAUCUUCUGCAUGCCCACGACUCUCGUGGACAACCUCAUCACUGGGUGGCCCUUUGACAACGCCACGUGCAAGAUGAGCGGCUUGGUGCAGGGCAUGUCCGUGUCAGCUUCCGUGUUCACACUGGUGGCCAUUGCUGUGGAAAGGUUCCGCUGCAUCGUGCACCCUUUCCGCGAGAAGCUGACGCCGCGCCAGGCGCUGGUCACCAUCGCGGUCAUCUGGGCGCUGGCCCUGCUCAUCAUGUGCCCCUCGGCCGUCACGCUGACCGUCACACGCGACGAGCACCACUUCAUGGUGGACGCCCGCAACCGCUCCUACCCGCUCUACUCGUGCUGGGAGGCCUGGCCCGAGAAGGGCAUGCGCACGGUCUACACCACCGUGCUCUUCUCGCACAUCUACCUGGCGCCCCUGGCGCUCAUCGUGCUCAUGUACGCGCGCAUCGCCCGCAAGCUCUGCAAGGCCUCUCGGCCCGCGCGGGCCGGCGGGGAGGCGGCGGCGCCCGAGAGCCGCCCCGGGGGCCCGGCGCAGGGCCCGGGUGGUGCACNGGUCUCCGUGGAGGUGCGGCCCGGCGACUCGGGCCUGCCCUCCGAGUCCGGCCAGAACAUUGGGGCGCCCCGGGCCGGCCGCCUCCCGCUGCGCGGUGCCCGCGUGGCCCACCACGGCUUGGCCGGGGAGGGUCCUGGCUGCGGCCAGCUGCCCUUCACCAUACCCGCGUGGGAUAUCUGA